CCGAACUCUAUCACCACCGUCCCCUACCCCAUCCCCCCACUCCUUCCCCCACUGCCCGGCAAUGGACACUUGCCCGAGGACGAGGUGAGCGUCCAGCAGCCAGCCCGGUGGGGCUCCCCAAUGGCGUGCCUGGCGCCGCAGUUCAAGUGGGCCCCGUCGCCGUCCGCCCACGCGCCCUCCUCCUCGUCGUCGUCCAAGUGCUCCGCUCUCCGCGUCCAUUGUGCGGUUACCUCCGCCGUCGUCGACGCCGACCGCGUGAACGGGGGCGGGGCGCCGCUGAGACUCGUGUACGCCUCACUGGACGUCGCGCCGGCUCUUCAGAGAAACUUUGAGUCAACUCUGGCAUCGGAAGCACAUCUAAAUGAAGAGGCUGUAGUUGCAGCUGCAGCCACAGAGGCAGUUGCUCUUGCCAGAGCAGCAGCUGAAGCAUCUCGAGAAGUUGUUCGGAUGGUACAAAAUAACAAUGAGCAGCCUGUGGUCAGACAAAAGAAGGGCGUGGACAACUACUUGGCAAACGAGAUCCUUCGCACAGAGAUGGAAUCGAGCAUCCCUAAUGAAUAUGUUAAUGAUGUUUUGCUAGAGGACAUAGAAGCUUAUAGCAUCAUGGGUGAUGAAGGUGUACUAGACAAUGAUGCACAGCACACCGAGAACAUAGCUGUCAAGUCUGCUCGUCAAUCUGAAAGAAGAGCUAGGAGAACCAGAGCAGCAAUAAAGGCUGCCACCACCGUUCGUGCUUCACAAAAAUCUGCAACAUCCUCAAAGAAGAAACGGUCCAAGGGUUCCUCAUCUAGCAUGAAUCCUUUAGGUUCCUUGUGGAAGAUGACUGGCAGGAGACUUCUUACAGCAAAGGAAGAGGUUGAGUUCUCAGAAGGUAUUCAGGAUCUUUUGAAGCUUGAGGCAAUCCAAUCUGAGCUUACAGAGUACAAUGGUGGCCAGCCAACCUUCUCGCAGUGGGCUGCAGCAGCUGGAAUUGAUGAGAAAACUUUGCGGAAGCGUCUGGAUCAUGGUAUCUAUUGCAAGAACAGAAUGGUAACAUCUAAUGUGCGACUUGUCAUUUCUAUUGCUAGAGAGUUUGAAGGCCCUGGAAUGGACCUUUAUGAUCUUAUUCAGGAAGGAAUGCAGGGCCUUAUAAGGGGAGCUGAGAAAUUUGAUGCAUCAAAAGGUUUUAGGUUCUCUACAUAUUCUCACUGGUGGAUCAAACAAGCAAUGCGUAAAUCUGUAUCGGAGCAGUCCCAAAUAUUUCGCUUGCCAGCUCACAUGGUUGAAGCAAGUUACCGUGUGAAGGAGUGCACGAGAAGACUUCGUUGUAAGCUGAAAAGACGACCCACUAAUGAAGAAAUAGCAGUGGACACUGGUAUGCCAGUCAAACGAGUAGAGGCAGCAGUAAACCUCCCAAAGUACAGUGUAUCCCUUGAUAGCAAAAUUGGUUCCACUGAUAUGACUUAUCAGGAAGUCACAGCCGAUCCCAGCAUUGAGACAGCAGAAGAGAUGCUGAACAGAAUGUCAAUUAAGAAGGAUGUGCACAAGGCACUGGACACUCUGACCGCGCGCGAGAAGCAAGUUGUCGUGCUGAGAUUUGGGCUCGAGGAUGGUAGGAUAAGGACCUUGCAGGAGAUCGGCAACAUCAUGGGUGUGAGCAGGGAGAGGAUUCGGCAAAUCGAGUCAGGCGCGUUUCGGAAACUAAGGAGCAAGAAGAGACUCACAGCUUUGAAGGAUUAUCUGGUGCCAGUAGGCAAUUGGUGAACUGUUUGUCAACAUAAAUUUUUUUCUUUCGAAUUCCUCAGUUUUGUUUUUGAGGAUUCUUUACCUGUACCAUUUACCCAGGUCCUCAUGUAUAACACCUUAUCAGAACAUUUGUUUUACAAGAGAAUACAUAGUUUAGUUCCUUUCAAAUGAAGGAAUCGACCA